AUGACGGAUUUCACACAUCAUACCCUCUCCACUAAGGACGACAAUUACAACAAUUGGGUAGCAUUGUUUAAAGUUCAAUGCAUCUCUUGUAAAGUCUCUAAUCAUAUCACACCACCCGCCACCACCGACUCCUCUUCUUUUUCCGCUCUCCCUACUGAUCAGUGGCUUCAUUUGGAUGCCAUCAUACUGCAAUGGAUUUAUAGUACGAUAUCCACGGAUCUCUUGGCCACCAUUCUGGAUCCAGAAAAUACUGCUGCAACGGCAUGGAGUGCCUUGAAAAAACUGUUCGUUGACAAUAAAUCAACACGAGCAGUUAACUUGCAACAAGCAGAGACUCUUCCUACCUUCUCAAAAGCUAGGUCCAGUUUAGUGUUAGAGGAGGGUCACAAAGCUCGUCAAGAGACCGAAGCUGGUGCGGCUCUUACAACCGCUGCUGAUCCAAUUCCAGCUCCUGCUCCGGCUCCUGUUGCUGCUACUGUUGCUGACCAGGAUGCUACUCGUGCCUCCGGUCAUGGCCAGGACUUCCCACGUCGUGGUCACGGUGGUCGGGGCCGUGGACGUGGAGGUCGCAGACGUGGUGCAUUUGACCCUCCAAUGCAAUGGAUACAUCCCUACCAGUGGUCCUUUGAUUUCCCGGUCCCAAUGUGUUUUACAUCUCCAGCGCUGUCAUGUCCCUAUCCGAGUUCUCUAGUGCCUCAUCCUAUGCCUGGUUCUGCCGGUUUACUUGGACCUGAACCUUCGGCUUCUUAUACCUCAUCUGCUUAUGGAUAUACUACAACACAGAUUGAUCAAGCUUUUAAUGCCAUGACUCUUCAUCCGGAUCAGCAGUGUUACAUGGACACUGGAGCCACUCAUCACAUGGUAAAUUCCUCAGGUAACCUGUCUUCCCCUCCUACUGCUUUCAAAUGUAUAAUUGUUGGUAAUAGUGCUUCUAUGCCGACUACUGGUAUUGGCCAAUCCACCCUUCCCCCACCUUUCCCUUUAUUAAAACUUCCCUCCAUUUUAGUUUCUCUUUCUUUGAUUAAAAACCUACUUUCAGUUUGUCGCCUUACAACUGAUAACAAUAUUUCCAUUUAA